AUGCAUCCAUGUCGGGACCUCCACCUCCACCUCGCCGUCUCGGCAACGGCGGUGCUCUUCUUCUCCGCCUCCGUCAUCCUCUCGGCCGUCCCUGCAGCCAGAGCCCAGCAGGAAACCGAGCACGAGGAAGAGUUCAGCUACUCGCCGGACGCGGAGAACGGGCCGGCGCACUGGGGCCAGAUCAAGGCGGAGUGGUCGGCGUGUGGCAACGGGGAGAUGCAGUCGCCCAUCGACCUCGCCGGGCCGCGUGUGACCCUGGUGCGCCGCCUCGGCCACCUCAACCACUCCUACGCCCCCGCUAACGCAUCCGUCGUCAACCGCGGCCACGACAUCAUGGUGCGGUUCGAGGGCGACGCCGGGAGCGUGUCCAUCGACGGCACGGCGUACCACCUCCGGCAGCUGCACUGGCACGCGCCCACGGAGCACAGCGUCAACGGCCGCCGGUACGACAUGGAGCUCCACAUGGUGCACCAGAGCGCCAAGAACAAGACCGCCGUCAUCGGCGUCUUCUACGAGAUCGGUGCCCGCGACGCCUUCCUGCACAAGCUGGAGCCAUACCUGGAGAUGAUCGCCAAGCAGCCGGAGAGGGAGGAGAAGGUGGGCGUGGUGGACGCCAGGGGUGCCAGGGGGAGGGCCAGCGUGUACUACCGCUACGUGGGCUCCCUCACCACCCCGCCAUGCACCCAAGGGGUCAUCUGGACCAUCGUCAAGCGGGUUCGUACCGUGUCGCGGCAUCAGCUGGAGCUUCUCCGAGAGGCUGUCCACGACGAAAUGGAGAAGAACGCGAGGCCGCGUCAGGAGGUGAACAACAGAGACAUCAACAUGUUCUGGCCUAUCCAGCAGAAUAAGCACUGAUUAUCACAGUCGGUUCUCUGCUUAAUUAGAGUUUUGUCAAAAACCUGAGAGAUGAAGCCCAUUGUACCAAAUUAUUGUAGACCUCCUUUACACCUCCUCAAGAAAAGUCUCUUCCUCCUCCCGGGGGCGGCUCCGCCGCCGAUGCACCCCACCUCCGAUGGCCUUUGGGCCUUGGAGGCGCGGAGGAUCUCGGCUCCUCUUUGGCAGGAGGGACCCCAUUCUUGUUUUUGUUAAGUUCAACGUUUUGGUUGGGUUUGUGUAAAGGUGGCGAUGUUCCUGAGUAGGAAUAAUGUCUCCCAGUUCGAUCCCUAUCCCGAUGGUGCGAAUAGCGUCGUCGUCAGGGGGCGGCUGGAAUUGUCUCUCUGUCGGAUCUUGCAGGAUUCGGUUGGUGCUUGUUCUCGGGGGAUCUAUUUGAAUCUAGUUUGUGUUCGUCUUCGUUCGUGUGCUUACUGGUUUGAUUUUUCCGAUCUAUAACUCUCUUUGUCGGCGAUGGUUGUUGUUUUGGUGCGCUGGUUCUUUGGGGCCUUAGCAUGACGACUUCUCGACUGUCUAUUACAACAAGGUUUGUCCUGCUCCGGUGAGGAAGGGGUGAUGACGGCGGCGUGCCUUCGAUUCGCUCCACUGGUUGUAAUCGUCGCUAGGUGGUCCAUGGAUC